GCUCACGCUAGCAGAAGAAGAUCAGAGAUAUAGCCAGACCGCCAUGGAAGCUGCUCUAUUCCGAGUCAAAUCAGUCCCUAACCGUCACUCAGUUCCCUCGGAUACCUCCGCGUUCUCCUCCUCCUCCUCUAGGAUCGCCGCCGGAAUCUCUCUCCGUCGCCGGAGACGAGGCGGAGGAGGCUCGAGCUGGAGAGGAUCGGCCGCCCCGCGAGCCCUGUCGCAGGACGGCGCGAUCGCGCGGCGGGGAGCUCCGGGCGGCGCCGGCGAUCGCGGCGGAUGCGCGAAGAGGAGCGAGAUCGGCGAUCAUUACCGCGAGAUGUUGGCGUCGAGCCCCGACUGCUCGCUCUUGCUGAGGAAUUACGCCAAGUACUUGCACGAGGUGGAGAGAGAUGCGGAGAGAGCGGAGGAGUACUAUGCGAGAGCGAUACUGGCGAGCCCCGGCGACGGCGAGGUUCUGUCGCUGUACGGGAGGUUGAUUUGGGAGGCGGAGAGAGACGGAGAUAGGGCCGCGCUGUACUUCGAGCGAGCGGUGAACGCGUCUCCCGAUGACUGCAUGGUGUUGGGAUCGUACGCGCGCUUUCUGUGGGAAGCGGGGGAAGAAGAUGAAGAAACGGUUUGAUUUGCCAAGCUCAAGCCUCACAGGCCAUGGUUCCAAUGUCACAACAGAGGUUGGAAUUCCAUGCUCAUUACAGCGAUGUCUUGGCGCAACAACUGAAGAUCACAGAGCUGCGGGACAGAGAACAGACAACUUCGACGCGGCCGGGGGAAGCGAGCCGACAUGCUGAUCGAAGAGAAAUGAAGGGGAACGGCUAUAGAAGAUCAUCUAGAGAUUAUUGUGUUGGAGGUUUUCCCUUCUGCGCAGCCAACUUGUAUCUGCAUACCACAAAGUCAUUCGGUUCAUUACAAUGAAGAUGAUCUUGUCCAA